AUGCCUGGGCGAUCCGCGUUACGGCCGUGCCUAUCGACUCAAGCCGGCCAACUGAGCCCAUCUCACUCGUCUUUUACGCCACCACAAGUCCUGAUGACCUUGAUAAGGAGAUUAACACGGUUAGUAUGGACGACGCGUCCCUGUGGGGAAAAAUGGGCCUUGGUAACGGUAUGCAUAUCUCACGAGAGGAAAUCGAAGGGAUGUCGUCCUUGA